GGAUGCUUGGCUUCGCGGUCUCUACCUGCUAUGAUAUAAGAGCGUGAGAUGGGCGCGCCAGGAUUGUGAACUCACGGACUGCUGUGUCUUAGACUUGUCCAUCAUCCGGCAUCUUACACUACGCUUUAAGAUAGACAGGAUGCAGCUCCACCAAACCCCUGUUGUUGUUAUCGGCUGCGGUGUUGCUGGGCUUUCUGCUGCAUACCAACUGGCAGAUGCCGGUUACCUGGUGACAAUUCUGGCAAAGGAGUUCCCGGGGGAGAACAACAUCAUGUACACCUCAGACUGGGCUGGGGCUAGCCUAGGCUUCGCUGCGGGGGGCUCCUUUCGCGCGAGACGCGUCUCCCAAGAGACGUUCCAAACGUUCUGGGACAUUUCGUCUAGGUAUGCGCCGGAGGAAUGUGGCAUUUGUCGAAUUACGCAGGAGACGUACUUUGACAAGAAGCCGGAUCCGAGCCUUAUAUGGUACAGCAAGGAAGCACCUGACUUUCGCAUACUCUCACCGAGCGAGUACCCAGCGCAGUACGCCUUCGCUGUGUCGUAUACGAGCAUGACCCUGGAGCCGCCUCGGUACCUUCCUUGGCUGGUUAAACAGGUCCAGUCCAAAGGUGUUAAGAUCAUGCGUGUGGAGGUCGAUUCUUUACGUGCUGCGCUGGAUCAUAUCCCAGACGCGAAAGCGAUCAUCAACUGCUCGGGUAUCGGCUCACGCUACCUCAAGGAUGUGAAGGACGAUGCGGUUUUCCCCGAGCGUGGGCAGACGUGUGCUAUCCGGACCAGCUUCAAGAAGCUGAUUAUCCGCAGCGGGGCGGAGUAUACCUACCUCAUUCCGCGCCCGCUGAGCGGCCUGCUGAUCCUUGGCGGAAUCAACGAGCCGUUCAACACCUCUCCAGAGCCUAACCCGGCCUCGCGCGAAAUGUUUAAGCAGCGGGCGCACAAGAUCUGCCCGGAAUUAGGACCUGUAGAUCAGAUGGAAUUCGUGAUGGACAUCGUGGGCGUCAGGAGCACGAGGAAGGGCGGGUACAGGCUUGAGAGGCAAGAGGGAGGCAAGCUUCCGAUUGUUCAUUCCUAUGGCUACAAUGGCGGAGGAUAUCAGGCUUCAAUGGGUGCCGGCAAGGAGGUGGUACGACUGCUUCGGGGGGAGGACUCCUACUGAUUAUUAUGGAUUGUUCCGGUAGAAUUAAGAAAGGUCG